AUGGCGAAACGGCGUGGUAACGGCGGUGCGAUAACAGUAGAAGAAGGGUGGACAACUAUACAACAUGGAAUCAACAGAUUAAUUGACAAUAUUGAAGACAUCCAAGAACCCAUAAUCAACACCGAAGAGAGAAUGGAAAUCUACACAACCGCAUACAAUAUAUGUCUAUAUGAUAAAAUUUAUGGUCAUGAAUGUCAAAAACUGUAUGAAAGAUACAAUCAAGUUUUUCAAGAUUACAUCUCCUCCAAGGUCAUGCCCUGUUUGGUUGGAAAGGAAGGUGACAAUUUGUUGCAAGAAAUUGUGAAAAGAUGGGAAAAUCAUAAAUUCAUGACAAUAUGGAUUUCGAAGUUCUUUAUCUACCUUACCCGAUACUUUAUUCCAUGUGGAAUAUUACCCACUUUACAAGAAUCCAGUUACUCAAUCUUUUAUAAACUGAUUCUUGGUGUCCAUGAAGUUAUGGACUCGUUAAUGAGUAUGAUUCAAAGGUUACGAAUUGGAGAUCCUCAAGUUAAUCAAAAUUUGGUGAGGAGUGCUAUCGAUAUGUACAUGGAAAUCGGGAAGGAUUACUAUGAAAAGGAUUUUGAAAAAAACAUCUUGAAACAAACACGCCAAUUCUAUUCGCACAUGGCCUUAGAUUGGAUUAAUGAUGAAAACAUAUCGUACAAAGGUUACAUGCUUAAGGUUAAUGAAUAUUUGAUGAUAGAAAGACUGCGGGUUGCCUUCUUCUUGAAAGAAAACACGAGAUUAAAGUUGAUAAAGGUUGUGAAUCGUGAGCUGCUGUCAAUGUAUGAUACAGAAUCAGAAGAAAAGAUGAAGAGUUGCAUUCUUAAUUGA